AUGCUCUUCCUUAUUUCGUUGCUUGGCGGGAUUCUUCUGUGGCAGUUACUGCUGUCGAUGUAUUACUUGUGGUUCUCGUCACUGUCACACAUUCCGGGGCCCAAAUUGGCUGCGGGCAGUUUGCUGUACGAGUUCUACUAUGAGGUUGUGUGUUCUGGUCAAUACACACGAAAAAUCGAGAAAAUGCACGAGGUCUAUGGACCUAUUGUGCGCAUCAAUCCCCAUGAGGUACAUAUCAAAGAUCCAGACUUUUGCAUUGAAGAGUUUUCGCCAGUCAAGAAGCUGGACAAGUAUGGUUGGUGGUAUAGAGUAUUCGGCGGACCUGGCUCUACUAUCAGUACGGAAGAUUACCGCCUUCAUAAAGCUCGCCGGGCAACGUUUCAAAAUUUUCUAUCUCCUCGAGUUAUUAGAGGGUUUGUGCCCACUAUCAUUGACAAAUUAAAGCAAGCAAGUCUUGUCAUGGACCGCCACGCGCAAACGGGAUGUUUGCUGAACCUCUCAAGCAUUUACCGAUGCAUGGCGGCAGAUGUGGUGUCGGCAUACGUCUUACCGCAGUCGUUGAACCUACUACAGUCGAGCGAUCUGGGUCAGGGAUUUCAAUCUAGUCUUAGAUUCUUUUUCGAAGCAGCUACCGCCAUGCGAUAUCUUGGAUUUCUUGAACCACUCAUGGCUAUAAUCCCUCCUUCAAUUUUCGAUGCCAUGUUGUCAGACCCAGCGAAAGGACUGAUCAAGCUUGUGAAGACAUUGGAGGGUUAUGUGGACGAUAUAAUCCAAGGAAAGAAAAAUCCGCAGACGUCACGGACAUGCCUUCUUGAGAGAAUAAACAUCAACCACCGGGAUGAAAAUGAGAAUUUCCGGGAUCGAUUACUCCAAGAAGCGGAGCAGUUCAUUGUGGCUGGCAGCGAAACAACUGGCCAUACUUUGUCGGUGAUAACAUUCUACAUUAUCCAAGAAGCGGAAAUCCAAGGAAAGUUGCGGGAAGAGCUUGCCAACGCAGGCGUCGUCUUUGACGAAGAUCUCGAGAUAGCCAAACUUCAAACGCUGCCGUAUCUUUCUGCCGUUAUUACUGAAGGGCUCCGCUUCUCCCAUGGUGUGGGUUCCAGAUUGCCGCGAAUCAACAAGUCUAGAGAGGUGCAAUUCAAGCAGUGGCGGAUUCCGGCCGGUGUUCCGAUCAGCAUGACAUCAAGGCUGCACCAUGAAGAUGCACGUUUGUUUCCAGAACCUCACUCGUUCCGCCCAGACCGAUGGCUUCAGCCUGAAAGCAGAAGCCUGAAGAAGUAUCUCAGCCCGUUUGGCCAUGGAUCGCGCAUAUGUCCAGGCAUGCAUCUGGCAUUAUACGAGAUUUAUAUCACUAUUGCACACAUACUACUCAAAUUCGAGAUCAAGAAUUGCGGAACGAUAAGUGCUGAUCUUGUCUCGGUUCACGAUUUGGGAGCGCCUUUCCCCAAACAUGAUUCAAAGGGACUGCAGGUCAAACUGGAGGCUAGGAAUUCGUGA